AUGACUGAACGAGUUUGUAUAAAGAACAGUCCUUUUUAUACGUCAAUAACUGGUGUUUGUUGUGUUAUACUUCUUUUAUUUAUCUUAGUAUCUAUUGUUUAUAAAUAUAGAUGGUUUAUCAAAUAUCAUAUUUAUAUCUGGCGACAUCAACCUAAACUCCUAAACAAUAUGGCGGAACGACAGUACCUCUAUGAUGUGUUUGUUUCAUACUCUGCUGCAGACCAAUGGGUCUUGGAUCAUCUGGUACCACAUUUAGAGGGUAAUGUGGGCAUAAAACUCUGUAUACAUGAAAGAGAUUUCCAGGGUGGUAGAUUGAUUAUAGAUAAUAUUGUAGAAUCGAUUGAAAAUAGUCGUCGUAUUUUAAUCAUAUUAAGUAAUAAUUUUGUUCGAAGUGAAUGGUGUCAAUUUGAAAUGACUUUAGCUCAGAAACACGUUUUAAAUCGAGUUAUAGAACCUUUAAGUGUAGUUUUAUUAGAAGAUAUUGACAGUGAAAAUAUGAGCAAUUCACUUCAUGCUUUAUUAAAGACAACUACUUAUAUAACUUGGUAUGAUGAUAUAGAAUAUAUUCACUUGUUUUGGGAUCGACUGAAGAAUUCUCUUAUUUAA